AUGAUGAAAUUCUCUCAGGUGCGCCUUGCGCGAGGAUGCUGCGGCUCCAUGAAAAAGCGGACGAUAGUGGGCGGAUACGCGUUCACCUGGUGGUUCGUCUCGGACGUGCAGCGGCUCUUCCUCGAGGUCAUGACCCUGAACCUGGUGUGCAAGAGCGUCGAGACGGCCCAGGGCGUUCCUUUGACCGUGACCGGGGUCACUCAGUGCAAAAUCAUAAAGGCCGACGAGCUCCUGCACACCGCCAGCGAGCAAUUCCUCGGGAAAAACGUCCACGAGAUCAAGUCCACCAUACUGUCGACCCUCGAGGGACACUUGCGCGCCAUUCUCGGUACCUUAUCGGUCGAGGAGAUCUACAAGGACAGGGACCAAUUCGCGGCGCUGGUGCGCGAAGUCGUGGCCCCGGACGUCGGGCGCAUGGGCAUCGAGAUACUCUCGUUCACCAUCAAGGACGUGUACGAUGACGUCCAGUACCUCGCUUCACUCGGCAAAGCCCAGACAGCGGCCGUCAAGCGAGACGCCGAUGUCGGUGUCGCCGAAGCAAACCGCGAUGCUGGGAUCAGUGAAGCCGAGUGCGAAAAAGCGGCGAUGGGCAUAAAGUACAACACCGACACGAAAAUCGAGGACAACGCACGGCUGUACCAACUGCAAAAGGCCAAUUUCGAUCAAGAAGUCAACACGGGGCUGAGCUAGGCCCAGCUGGCGUACGAGCUCUAGGCGGCUAAAAUCCGCCAGCGGAUACGAAACGAGGAGAUUCAGAUCGAGGUGGUGGAGCGGCGCAAGCAGAUCGAGGUCGAGGAGCAGGAGGUGCACAGAAAAGAGCACGAGCUUCAGAGUUUGGUCAGGCUGCCGACAGAGGCGGAGAGCUACAAGAUCGGCAAGGUGUUCGAGGGCAAGAGGUCACAGACGGUGGAGUCUGCCAAGGCCGAGGCCGCGGCGGCCAUACUCAAUCUCGUGCUCAACGCGAUGCCCAAGAUCGCAGCCGAGGUGGCAGCGCCACUGGCCCGUACCGAGGUGAUCGUGAUGUUGGGAGGCAACGACAUGACGAGUGGAGAGAUAACGCGCCUCAUCAGCCAGGUUCCGCCAACCGUGCGGGCCCUCAACGGAGUCGAUCUCUCGAAAGUACUAGGAAAAAUUCCGGGCGCCAAGUAAUUAACAGCGAGAGAGAAAGAGCGGAGCUGGCAGCUAUCAAAGUGAUGACGGCACACUGAACAGAGAAAGAAAAAACGGCCCCGCUUACACACAAACAUUCACACACACGAUUUAC